AUGACUUGUGGAUCCUACUGCGGUGGCAAUGCCUUCAGCUGCGCCUCGGCCUGCGGGCCCCGGCCCGGCCGCUGCUGCAUCACCGCCGCCCCCUACCGCGGCAUCUCCUGCUACCGCGGCCUUCCUGGGAACUUCGGCAGCCACAGCGUCUGUGGAGGCUUCCGCGAGAUCAAGUGUCUCAACAGCAGGUUUGCGGCCUUCAUCGACAAGGUGCGCUUCCUGGAGCAGCAGAACAAGCUGCUGGAGACCAAGUGGCAGUUCUACCAGAACCGCAAGUGCUGCGAGAGCAACCUGGAGCCGCUGUUCAUGGGCUACAUCGAGACGCUGAGGCGGGAGGCUGAGUGCAUGGAAGCCGACAGCAGGAGGGAACACCGAGGAGUGCUCUUCGCCUGGCCUGCAUGGACUGGGUGAGACAAGCGGCGUUUGGGGCAUGACACUGUGGAGGCCUCUGUGCUUACAUAUUCCCCACCACUGCAGGACGUGGACUGCGCCUACCUGCGCAAGUCAGACCUGGAGGCCAACGCCGAGGCCCUGACCCAGGAGAUCGACUUCCUGAGGAGACUGUACGAGGAGGAGACCCGCGUUCUCCAGUCCCACAUCUCAGACACCUCAGUCGUGGUCAAGAUGGACAACAGCCGCGACCUCAACAUGGACUGCGUCAUUGCCGAGAUCAAGGCCCAGUACGACGACAUUGCCACCCGCAGUCGGGCCGAGGCCGAGUCCUGGUACCGCAGCAAGGUGAGCGCCUAGGACGCCUGCCUCCCGGACAUCAACGAGCGGAACCGCAUGAUCCAGAGGCUGACGGCCGAGGUGGAGAACGCCAAGUGCCAGAACUCCAAGCUGGAGGCCGCGGUGACCCAGUCUGAGCAGCAGGGCGAGGCGGCCCUUGCUGACGCCCGCUGCAAGCUGGCUAGUCUGGAGGAGGGCCUGCAGAAGGCCAAGCAGGACAUGGCCUGCCUGCUCAAGGAGUACCAGGAGGUGAUGAACUCCAAGCUGGGCCUGGACAUCGAGAUCGCCACCUACAGGCGCCUGCUAGAGGGCGAGGAGCAGAGGCUGUGUGAGGGUGUCGGCUCCGUCAAUGUCUGCGUCAGCAGCUCCCGCGGUGGCGUCGUCUGUGGCGAUCUCUGCGCCUCAGGUGCUGCCCCUGCUGUCACAGCCAACGUCUGCAGCGCCCCCUGCAGCGGCAACGUGGUGGCGAGCACUGCCUGCGGCCCCUGCGCCGGGACCGGCGGCUGCGGCGGUUGUAGGAAGUGCUAG